AUGGCUGCGAUUGAACGAUUCAACAGCGAUCAAGAAUCCUUCAAGAAGAAGCUGAGUGAGUUCGAUGACGAUUGCAAAAUUGUGGAUCUUGAGGUUGAAGAAAUCGAGAAGAAAAUGACCGGAAUGUUGAACGAAAGCAAAACGGGAGAUGAUGUCGAGAAGCAGUUGAAUGAUGAUCUUGAAAAUUCUGAGAAUGCUAAAGAUUUGUUUUUGAUUUCCUUUUUGGUAGGAACAAUCAUGAAAGCUGAAUACACAGAUCCAGGGUGCAACGACAAAGUUGAAGCUGAAAAUCCAGCCAAAUUUUUAGGACCCAGUCCUCUUGCUCAACGAAUAGACCGAAAAAUAUCAACUAGAGGAAUCAAAUUAUGUAAUGAUGAUGAUGAUCAAUCCAACGAUGUUAUUCAAUAUGAUUUUGAGACAAACAUUGAAGAACUUGAAUUGGAUCACCUGAUUGAGGUUCGGACUCGGGUCACUGGCAUGAUGGAAGAGGUCGUAGCAAAGUUUCAGCAGUUGAAAUUAGAACUUGCAGAGCUCGACCAAAGUAUUUUUGAGGCACAAACGAAUCUUGAUCUUGCGAAUAUCAGUACCAAUGCUCUACUAACCGGUGAUACUGCACUAGAAGAUGUGGAUGAGAAGUUGAAAGAUCAAUCCAACAAUGUUACUCAAUCUGAUUUUCAAACAAACAUUGCAGGACCGGAAGAAGAGUCGUACAAAUUAACAAGAAAACUUGAAGAAAAUGUAGAGAGGAAAACAUUAGAUCGAUCUAAGGAUAGCAUUGAUUGUGAUCAUUUUACUGAUACUAAGGAACCGGAAUUUGAGAAAAGCCUAGAGGAAUUCAAGGGGAAAGAAGAGAAUGUGAUGAAAAAGGAGUUAGAUGAGAAGCAAAAGAAAAACAAUAUUCAAUAUUCAAUCGGAUCGAGAAUCCGAGGCCAUAGACCUGAAUCACCUGAUUGAGCGUCAGACUCGGCUCACAGGCAAGAUGGAAGAGGUCCUAGCAAAGUUUCAACAGUUGAAAUUUGAA